CGUGUGGCUGAUUGUCUGUGGGCUCCUGCUGCAGCAGAAACCUGUUCUUCAAGUUUCCCUUGAACAACAAGUUUAGUUUUUAGCACUGUACUUUUUACUUUUUGUGGUUAGCCCCCGGCUUAUGAGAACAUCCGGGUUCUGGUGUGACACAACGUAAGUUAGUGACCUAGGUGAUGUUUGAAGAAGGAACAAGGAAGCAAAUGAAAAUGAGAGACAUUGGUUUUUAGCUCUGUCUUACAGUGAGAUUUCACGAACGCAGCUUCGCAAAACAGAUGCCCAGUUGACUGUGAAGAUAAAUGACGAUGGCUAGAUACCGAACGAUGUUGGAAUUACUCCUCGGUGUCGGGAUCCUUUUUAAAGGGUGUGAUUCCGAUGUGAAGUGCAGGAACGAUGACGGAAAUGAGGUGGACUGGUAUAUUUUAUACAAAUUGCCCAAAGUGAAGAGUAACGGUUUGUGCUAUCUGUACAUGGAUGAGAGCACCAACGGAUGGCAAGUCAGCAAAAAACAAAUCAGCAGUACAUCUGGUGCUCUGGCAAACACCCUGAAACCUCUGCUUGACUUCUACGACAGAAAGACUGAAGGUUUUGGAUACAUGCUCUAUAAUGAUCAACCUCCAGAUCCCCCAGGUCCAAAAAGUGUCUCUGCAUCAUAUGGCCACAGUAAAGGAGUCGUGAUGUUGGACAGACGAACAGGAGUUUGGCUCUCACACAGUACGCCAAGAUUUCCAAAAUAUCGCAAUAAAAACUUCUGGCCAGAUAGUGGAAGCGUGAAUGGUCAAACUUUUAUGUGUGUGACUUACUCCUACAAUACAUUCAAGGACAUAGGAUUGCAGCUGAAGUACAUCCAUCCUUAUCCAUAUGAUUCUGACAUCCCAACAACCUUCCCCAAUGAGCUGCGAUGUGUUGAACAGCGAAAUCAAUGCUUCCCAAAGAAGGAACCGUGGUUUCGUGUGCAGGCGCUGACUUCAUGGAACGGACGCAAAUUCACCAGCUUUGCAAAAUACACACGUUUUGGGGACGAUCUUUACUCUGGACUCAUUGUGAACUCUUUGAAGAAUAAUCUGUAUGUCAAGAGUUGGGGGAAAAUGCGUACGGCCGGUCCUCUGCCUUCUAACUGCAGCUCCAGCAUCCCACAUAUUGUGUACAAUGUGGAGACCAUAAAGAUCCCAAAGCCGAAGAAAUCCUUUAACAAUACAUUAGAUCAUUCCAAGUGGUGCGUGACUCCUGAUGGUGACUGGACCUGCAUAGCCGAUACGAACAGGGAACAGAGUCAGAUGAAGAGAGGUGGAGGAGCAAUAUGCAUUGAAAAACGUACGGCUGCAAACACUUUCAGUUCCAUGGUAGAUUCGUAUGAACAAUGUGAACCUGCACCACGACGUCUUCGUGCUCAAACUAGAGAGCUUUAAAGUAACGACCCUUUAUGUUAAUGUAAGGAAAGGCGUGUCUACACAACCAGACCAAGAACCAAAACUGCAGCCCGGCAUUAAUUGCCAUGAACCCUUACGUACCCAGACUUAAACCUACCGUGAGCUUUACAUUAUAGUUGUUAAAUACA